AGUAGUUUCUUCAAAAAACAGCAACAACGCUGUGUAAUUUUUAUAAAAUAACAAACAUUUUUUAGUUAUUUCUGUUUUUGUAAAUAUGAAUAAAGACUGUUUAUGUUAUACUUCUUUAUAAUUCCUUAAAUUUGAAGAGAAAUUUGUAGUUUUAUUGUGUUUUAUUUUUGUUAUCUAAAUAUAGGCAGAAUACACCUAACGUGAAUUUGUGAAUUAUUUGCGUACGCCUUGGUUAAAUAAAUGUUUACAGUGAAUAUCUAGCAACAUCAUAACAAAACGAGGGCAAAAGGUUUUACAAAAAUCGAUUUGCCUUUUGUAUUUUUUGUAAAUAAGAAUAAAAAUAAUUCAUAACACCGCGGAACAGAAAGCAUUAAAGCAACACAUGAAUGACCUGAAAAAUCAUCGGAAUUUAUAGCCUGUUGAAUAAUUGCGUAGCUUGUAGCUACAUAGCAUAGCUAAGAAAAAGGGCUUCCUUUAGUUUGGUUUAACUAGAAACCAAUUACGUGAAUAGAAAUAAUUAUUAAGUGAAAAUGUUUUCGAAAAGAAAAAAGAAACCACAAAUUUCAAUGCCCAGUAACUUUGAACAUCGAGUGCAUACGGGUUUUGACAAAUUGGAGGGACGCUACGUCGGAUUGCCAUUACAAUGGGCGUCUUUGGUCGGCAAUAAUCAAAUACUCAAGUCAACAAAUCGGCCACUCCCGCUUGUGGAUCCCUCGGAAAUUACUCCGACAGAGAUUUUAGAUUUAAAAACGAUUGUUCGACCUCAGAACAACAAUAAAGUGGAUAGCGUAUCUUUGAACAGUACGGGUGGAGGAACAUUGACUCUUAAGCAAGACGCAGGACCAGGAGCGCCAAACUCGAACGGAGGACUGAUUCUUCCGAAGACUUCACACGUUGCCAGAUCGAAUUCGUUGAGGAGUUCAAGUCCGCCACGGGUAAGACGUGACUUACGAGGCAACGCGAAUGUUCCUCCGGCAGUACCAGAAGAGCCGUCCCCAGGUCCGAUUUUGCCCCACCAGCAGCUGCAACAACAGCAGCAGCAGCAACAACAACAGCACCAACAACAACAACAACAGCACCAACAACAACACCAGCAACAACAACAACACCAACAGCACCAACAGCAGCAUCAUCCACAGCAACAACAAAUGCUCUACCCAGGUAUUCGGAAAGAUGUGGGGACUAACGUUGCUCAUCUGAAACCACCGAUGCAAGCCCCACAAAUUGGGCCACCUGUUCUGCAACACCAAGAAAUUAUUGAUCCACACAAUUCAAUGUAUGCUUCUAAAAUUCCAUCCAAUGGCAAUGGUCCUCUGUCCGUGCAUACGGAUCUGAACCUACCACUGCAAUACCGACAGACACCACCGCAAGCUAAUUCCCCAGCUGGAUCCAUAGGCAGCUCAGCGUCGCGUCCGUCCCUGCAACACCAAUAUUUGUUACAGCAACAACAGCAGUCAAAUCAAAAUAAUAACUUCCCGGCACAUAAUAUGCCACCACCGUCCACCCUAAUUCAACCACAACGUCCACAACCUCCAAUGAGAUCGCCACCUACAGUGGACAAUUCAUUUUCGCAAUCCAUUCCAACAAACGGUCUUCAGAUGACAGAUCACAGCCCUAAUUCACAACAUGUAAACAAUCCUUCGAUUGUUGGAAGCAUAAAAACCAAUUCCCGUGCGUCUAGUUCUAGUGGGGGAAAUAGUUCUCUUGCUCCGGGAAGCAUCGGAACAUCCGCAGCUAAUCCAAAGCAAGAACAAAGGUUAACACACGAACAGUUUCGGGCAGCUUUACAAAUGGUUGUAUCGGCUGGAGACCCACGAGAGAACCUCGACAAUUUUAUGAAAAUAGGCGAAGGCUCAACGGGAACAGUUUGCAUUGCAACGGACAAAGCCACAGGACGACAAGUUGCUGUUAAAAAAAUGGAUUUGCGCAAACAGCAACGAAGGGAACUUCUUUUUAACGAAGUAGUCAUCAUGCGUGACUACCAUCAUCCCAACAUAGUCGAAACCUAUUCCAGUUUUCUAGUAAACGAUGAAUUGUGGGUGGUGAUGGAAUAUUUAGAGGGCGGUGCACUCACCGACAUCGUUACACAUUCCCGUAUGGACGAAGAACAGAUUGCUACUGUUUGCAAGCAAUGCCUCAAAGCACUAGCAUACCUUCAUUCCCAAGGUGUCAUUCAUCGAGAUAUCAAAUCAGAUUCGAUACUCCUUGCUGUUGAUGGUCGGGUUAAACUUUCUGAUUUUGGAUUUUGCGCUCAAGUAUCCCAAGAAUUACCCAAACGCAAAUCACUCGUUGGAACUCCAUAUUGGAUGUCACCAGAAGUUAUUUCUCGUCUUCCUUAUGGGCCAGAGGUGGAUAUCUGGUCACUUGGCAUAAUGGUUAUCGAAAUGGUUGAUGGCGAACCACCAUUCUUUAAUGAACCGCCUCUGCAAGCAAUGCGACGCAUUCGUGACAUGCAGCCUCCGAAUCUUAAGAAUGCUCAUAAAGUAUCACCGCGUUUGCAGUCGUUUUUGGACCGCAUGCUAGUUCGGGAUCCAGCUCAAAGGGCAACAGCUACCGAAUUACUAGCUCAUCCUUUCCUUCGUCAAGCUGGCCCUCCAUCACUUUUGGUACCACUUAUGCGAAACUCAAGGCAACAUAACUAAUACAGGACAAUUUCGAUUAUUGUUUUAAUAAUCGAAAACUAACGGAAUUAAGAAUGCAUAGAUAUACACCAUUUUGUUUGAUAGAAUUCGUUAAAGACAUUAAAUACUUAAAUAUACAUUAUACACACAUAUAUAUAUAUAUAAACAAAACUUACAUGAUAUAUAUACAAUUAUUUAUCUACAUUAAACAAUAUUGACACAUGAGAAUAAGUUAAAUGAAAUUUUUUAAAUUAAGUACUUACCUUAAUCGUGCCUUAAAUAUUAAACAAAAAAAAAAUUAAACAUCGAGCUUCAAUAGGUCAUUAAAAAACAUUGCAUUUUUCAAAAUUAAGUUAUUAAAGUUGAAAACUUUUAAAUUGUAUUUAAAUCGAAAGUUGAGGAAUUAAAUGCCAUAGAGCCACAUUGAAAUUGAACUACUAAACCUUAAAAGAAAGAAAAGUUAACCUAUUUUUUUAACAAAAUAAAUUGUUGAUAUAGAUUAUUGUGUAUAAAAAUAUUAAUUCGGUAUAAAUGUUGCGAAAAAUAUUAUGUUAUAUUAUUGUUCCCUAAAAAUUUUAUUGGGAAAAAUAUUAUUUUAUCUUAACAGCGAUUAUAAUAGUUCAAAAAAUAAAAUUGGUUUAAGAAUGAUAAUACAAA